UAGGGAGCUGGAAGCCCAACCCAGCACUCCUCAGCCCCCUAUGCCCCUCCCUCUGCUCUUUCCGCCCCUCCCUCCGCCCCCCCCCCCCCCCGCCUCUCCGUCAGCCCUGCAGCGCCACCGACCGCGGUCCCCGCCCACUUCUUACCCGCGCGCGUCGCCGCCGCCGCCUGAGGGGGCGUGGCCUCGGCUCGGCGCACAGUCAGCCACGGUCCCAUCCUGCUCCGCGCCGGUCAACGAGAGCAAACCCAGUGACUCACCUCCGCCGUGCUAACUCCUCGCUAGCUCUCCCUCUCACACACGCUCACGCCCGGCUCGAGAUGGCGGCGGCGGCGGCGGCGGCGGGGGACUCGGACUCCUGGGACGCCGACGCUUUCUCCGUGGAAGACCCAGUGCGGAAGGUGGGGGGCGGCGGCACUGCCGGCGGGGACCGCUGGGAAGGCGAGGACGAGGACGAGGACGUCAAGGAUAACUGGGAUGACGAUGAUGAUGAAAAAAAAGAGGAAGCAGAAGUAAAACCAGAGGUAAAAAUUUCAGAAAAGAAAAAAAUAGCAGAGAAGAUAAAAGAGAAAGAACGGCAACAGAAGAAAAGGCAAGAAGAAAUUAAAAAGAGGUUAGAAGAACCUGAAGAACCUAAAGUGCUAACACCAGAAGAACAAUUAGCAGAUAAACUGCGGCUAAAGAAAUUACAGGAAGAGUCAGACCUCGAAUUAGCAAAGGAAACUUUUGGUGUUAAUAAUACAGUUUAUGGAAUAGAUGCUAUGAACCCAUCUUCAAGAGAUGACUUUACAGAGUUUGGAAAGUUACUAAAAGAUAAAAUUACACAAUAUGAGAAGUCACUAUAUUAUGCCAGUUUUUUGGAAGUCUUAGUUCGAGAUGUGUGUAUUUCAUUGGAAAUUGAUGACUUGAAAAAAAUUACCAAUUCACUGACUGUGCUUUGCAGUGAAAAACAGAAGCAAGAAAAGCAAAGCAAAGCCAAAAAGAAGAAGAAAGGUGUGGUUCCUGGAGGGGGAUUAAAAGCCACCAUGAAAGAUGAUCUGGCAGAUUAUGGUGGUUAUGAUGGAGGAUAUGUACAAGACUAUGAAGACUUCAUGUGACAUUUUAUCUUUUCUUGGUGUCAUCUUUAUGUUGCCCACAAUCCCUUGAACAUGUAGCACAACUUCCUUUCCUUUCAGUUCUGCCAAAUGCUACAAUCAGAAGUGCAGUAUCUUUUGUGCUGGUUAUUUAACCCCUUGACACUUAGGUGCUAAUGUGCAAAUGAGGGAACUUGGAUCUUGCUGCCAAGGGGUUAAAAUUGGGAACCUAAGUUGCUACUAAAUCAUAGUUCAAAACCUAAUAAUGUUGUUGUUGUUGCUAUCCGAUUUCAUAGCAGCAGUCGCUAAAUUGGAAACAAGGUUGCAACAUGACAAAAAAAAUUGUGUAGUAUUUACCAGCACCAUUCAGUAAUACAGCCUUAACCAUACCUCCUUGAACUACUUCAUAACUUGUCAAGAAAAGCAGUUUGCAGCAAGGGCAUGUGGUGUGCACCUAGUAUUAAAAUUGCUUUGUCUUAAAAUUGAACAUGAGGAUAUUAAAAAUACAUUGUGAAGAAGACUGCUUAUCUCAGAGUGAAGAUACUGCGGCUGAAAAGCACUAGUUUGAUAUAAAAUUAAAAUGACCAAAACCCUCCAACUUUGAAGCUAAAGAAGGUAAACCUUUCCAUUAUUGCAUUACAUGUUGUGGAAUCUCUCGAGUGCAAAGACUGUCUAGUUAUUUAUCAGGCUAUUUCUACUGAUGAACUGCUUCAGGUGGGGGAGGGAAACUUAUUUUUAUUUGCCUGAUUUAAGUGUCUGAGAAACAAAUCUUUGUUCUCUUAGGCUGCAAUGGAACAACUUUACUAGGGUUUUGGCAUUUCCUUUCCUUUAUAAAACAUGCUCAGCAAACUGCACCAGUUAACUACAGUUUGGUAAAUUGUUAUGUUAACAAUUAUGACAUCUGCAAUGUUUUAUAAAGCAACUAAUUUAAUAAAAUCACUGUUGUGAGGACUUAAAUUUUGUGUUACCUCCCAAGAGAUACUUUUUGAGAGCAUAGAACACAGCUCUUGGGGGUACAGUUCUCUACGUUCUCUAUAUACUAAAUCUUAAUAAAUGCUUGACAUAGUUACAGCUUUAAAACGUGAGUGAUUUGCCAGGUCCUUAUAUUGUCACCAUAGAGCAACAAAGGUAUAGGGCUGCCUUCCUCUUAUUUGGGGAAAUUAUUUUGUUAUUUAGAUACCAAGGCCUAAUUAAUUAAGUACCUAUAAGAACUAUUAUUUAUUUGGAGUAAUUGAGCCUGUAACUCAGGUUUAUGGCUGUUAAGUAUAGAUUGGGGAAUCUUUAUUAUGUCUUCUCCUAAGCAGUUUAACCAAAUGUGUGGUUAGUGUUUUUUUAUUCCCCUAAGUAAGAACAAAAGAUGUUUUAAAUUUCUCUUAGGAAAAUAGGAAAUAGGAACGUCAAAGCUCUGUAGACUACCUACUAAGUGGAAAACAAGACCAUCUAAGUGAUUUGAGAAAUUAACAAAAAGUAGUGACUACACAGCAAUAAUUACAGUAAAUUAAAUAAAGAUUCCUUUAAGGCAGACAAGGGCUAAGAUUUCCUUAGCAGUAAUAAUGACAUACACUGAAUUGAAAAUCUAUUUUAUUACAGAAAGAUCAGUUUCUAACAAAUGAAAAUGUAUCACCUGUUCCUUAACUGUGUAAAUAAUAAUUAAAUUUCUUUGAAACUGGAAUCUGCAGGUACAGGUAUUCUUUAAUCAUUAUUGGAUCAUCUAAAGUAGAAGCUGUCCUGAGGAAGAGGAAGCUUUUGAUCUUAAUACUAGUAUCUAUAUAAAAUUAAAAUGGUGUGGAUGAACAAUCAUCUAAAAUCAAUCUAUUUUAAAUAGGAAUUUCCUCCUGAAAAGUUUCGUUUCUUACUUGCUACCUACUACCCACAAAGGACUGAUAUGGUACAGUACCGGGAUUGUUCAACUUUAGCAAAGAUCUCCAAUGCAUUCUUCUUCUCAUCACAUCUGUCAGAAUCUGCUAACAGUACAAGAAAACAGACACCUAUGAAAUCAUCUAACCUGCUAGCAUGUCCUUUAGACAGCAACCUGUCUGAGGGUCUUUCAGAAGCACAUUUACAAUUUCAUAAAACUUGUGUUCGUAUGCCAACUUGUAAUACAGGUAAACAUCUUCACAAUAUGUGAGUAAUUUCUUCAGGUUUUCCAUGACCAUGUCAGUAGGCUGAUGUUGUUUAUAUCUAGAUAAAGAAACAUAAUGUACAGGUUAAGAUACUGUUUUUUUUGUUUUGUUUUGUUUUGUUUGGGACAGUCUUACUCUGUUGCCCAGGCUGGAGUGCAGAGGAGCAGUCUUGGCUCACUGCAACCUCCACCUGCUGGGUUCAAGUGAUUGUUGUGCCUCAGCCUCCCGAGUAGGUGGGAUUACAUGAGUGUGUCACCACCCUGGCUAAUUUUUGUAAUUUUAGUAGAGACAACGUUCUGCUAUGUUGGCUAGGCUGGUGUUGAACUCCUGGCCUCAAGUUACCUGCCUGCCUUGGCCUCCCAAAGUGCUGGGAUUACAGGCGUGAGUCACUGUGCCUGCCCUUUUUUUUUUUUCUUUUAAAUAAAAGAUGGAGGUCUCACUGUGUUGCCCAGGCUGGAGUACAGUGGCUUUUCAGAGUGUGAACUCCUGGGCUCAGCUGCUUCUCUUGCAGCCUUCUGAGUAACUAGGACUACAAGUGUGCACCACUGUGCCCACCUUAGGAUACUGUAUUUUGAGUGAGGGCUGUCAGCUCCGAAGUACCACUUACUAUUACCUAUAGAGGAGAGGGUGCUGGAGUCUGGGUUAUCUCAGACUAGUAUUAGGGGUGCUUGAUAAAAUAUUUCUUUAAAAAUGAGUAUGUUAAUGCUCACCUUAUAGAGUAAGUUUAGUACUCCAAAAGGCACCUCUGAUGUUUUAGUGUUUUUCGUUUCUUUUUUUGAGACAAGAGUUACACUCUGUUGCCAGGCUGGAGUAUAGUGGCAUGAUCUCAGCUUACUGCAGCCUCUGUCCCCAGGUUCAAGUGAUUCUCCUGCCUCAGCCUCCUGAGUAGCUGGGACUACAGGCGCCGGCCACCACACCCAGCUAAUUUUUGUAUUUUUAGUAGAGACAGGGUUUCACCAUGUUGGCGAGGCUGGUCUCAAACUCCUGACCUCAAGUGAUCCUCCCGCCUCGGCAUCCCAUAGUGCUGGGAUUACAGGCAUGAGCCACUGGGCCUGGCCAGUGUUUUAGGUUUUUGGCACUGAGUAGCUAUCCUCCCAUUUUAAAGUACAAAGCACUAUGAGCAAACUGUUCUUGUUGAUCUCUUUGCAUAAAUCUGUUAAAAGACUUCCUUCUAAGGAUUCUUGAUACUGCUUUGCCAUUUUAAGUAGAGGUAAUCUAAAGGCAUGGUGUACUUAGCCAUAAAAUUCUUACACUUGUCUCACCUCAAAGCAGAGGCAAGGAGCAAUGUUUACAGUCAACUUUUAAUACUUACUUUUUGGAAAUCUCUUCAAAUAUACUGGACUUUAAUAACCUUUGCUGCUUAAAUUCUUCCAAGUAAUUAAAGUCUCCUUUAAGAAUCA